UUACCAAACUCAUCCAUACUGUAUGGGUGUGGAUCCACGAGGAGAACUAGUUAGCUACCUCAUGUUUUCUGGAAGGAUUAGUUAUGAAACAAAUUUAUGGUACAUUAUUGUUUUGUAUUUUUAAAAUAUUCAACGAAUCAUAAGAAACAUUCAUACUAAAAAAAACGAUUUAAUACUUGAAAACGAAAGGUACUAAAAUUAAAAUUCAAACCAUUUCUAAUGGUAGUUAAGACGUUUGAGAUGAUGCUCAUAUUCGCUUUUAAGAUUCUAAAAAUGCAUUCGUUUAUACCUAACUGAUAAUCAAGAUUAAUUAAAACCGGGAUUGAAUUUAAGAAAAAUAAAAUGAAUUGAUUUCUUCGAUCUUCGAAAGUGGAAAGAAGGAUUCGUCCAUUUAAAAUUUGAGUAAAGUAAGGAAGCAAGCAAGCAAGAAGUUUAUUUAUUUUUAAUUUGUUUUUAAAUUUUGUGAGAAAUUUGUUCACGCGUUGGAUUUAUAUUAUACGCCUGCUAAACUCGGGUUCUACAUCAGCCACAUAGAGCGAACAGAGAGCGAGAGGGAGUUCUUAAGAAGCUUCAAACUGAUUCUCUUCAUCCCCUUGUUCAUCAAUCUCAUCUUUACCUGUGGAUUUAUUAGUUUUAGGUUUCUGGGUUUUUAAAAUCAUCUUCAGAUUCCUCUAUUUUCGUCAUUUUCAGGCUUGGAUUUGGCUCACACUUCAAUCGUUGAUGGUGUAGAUCGUGGUACGAAUUAUCUUGUAACUGGCAUUUAGGUGUUAAUCAGGGUUUUGUGUUUCUUUGAGUGAUGUCAUUUCGUAGUAUAGUCCGUGAUGUUAGAGAGGGGUUUGGAAGUUUAUCGAGGCGUAGUUUUGAGUUCAGACUGCCUGGUCACAAUAGAGGUAAAUCUCAUGGAUCAGUCCAUGAUCUGCUCGAUCAACCUCUGGUAAUUCAGACUAGUCGAUGGGCUAGCCUUCCACCUGAGCUAUUGCGGGAUGUUGUCAUGAGAUUGGAGGAGAGUGAGAGCGUGUGGCCUGCUCGCAGGAAUGUUGUUGCUUGUGCUGCUGUUUGUAGGUCAUGGAGGGAUAUGUGCAAAGAGAUCGUAAAAACUCCUGAGUUCUCGGGGAAAAUUACGUUCCCUGUCUCCUUAAAGCAGCCCGGGACUCGCGAUGGAACGAUGCAAUGCUUCAUUAAGAGGGAUAAAUCUAAUUUGACUUACCACCUUUACCUUUGCCUUAGUACUGCUUUACUUGUUGAUAAUGGGAAGUUUCUUCUUUCUGCGAAAAGAACAAGGAGAGCGACUUGCACCGAGUACGUGAUUUCCAUGGAUGCGGAUAAUAUAUCAAGAUCGAGCAACACCUACAUUGGAAAACUAAGGUCGAAUUUUCUAGGGACCAAAUUUAUUAUCUAUGAUACACAGCCUCCAUACAACAAUGCCCAGAUUUCCCCACCAGGCCAUAGUCGUAGAUUCUACUCGAAAAAAGUUUCUCCGAAGAUCCCAUCCGGUAGCUAUAAUAUUGCUCAAAUCUCCUAUGAGCUGAACGUUCUUGGCACUCGAGGCCCCCGAAAGAUGCACUGCACAAUGCACUCCAUCCCCGUCUCAUGUCUUGAGCCCGGUGGCACUGUUCCUGGCCAGCCCCAAGUUGUCACUCGACUCCUUGGUGAUUCGUUUCGAAGUAUAUCGUUUUCGAAGUCUGCAUUAAAUUCUACAGAGUUCAGUAGUUCCCGCUUCUCUGAUAUCGUUGGUUUACGGGAUGAAGAUGAAGCGGGGAAGGAGAGGCCAUUGAUUCUUAGGAAUAAGCCACCACGGUGGCACGAGCAGUUGCAGUGUUGGUGCCUUAAUUUCAGAGGACGAGUAACCGUUGCCUCUGUCAAAAACUUCCAACUGAUCGCUGCAACAGAGCCUUCUUCUUCUACAGCUACAAACCAACACGCUCAAUCUUCCCAGUCCGACCACGACAAGAUCAUUCUUCAAUUCGGGAAGGUCGGGAAGGACAUGUUUACAAUGGAUUACCGAUAUCCAUUGUCAGCAUUUCAAGCUUUCGCUAUCUGUUUGAGUAGCUUUGACACCAAGUUGGCUUGUGAAUAAGUAGAAUCAACUGACCCAUAUCAUGCUUUCUUUCUUCUUCCAAAUAGAAUGUGUUUGGUUCUGUAAAAAUCGUCUGUCUCAAAAAGUUUGUAGAACAAUGUGUGCACCCCAAAGAACUGACUUUCUCCCCUGCCCCCCCGACCCCGCUUUAAUUCCUAUUGCUUAGUUUGUUGUUCGGUAUCGAAUGUUGGGAAUGUGAAUAUAGUUCCACGUCAACUAAA